AUGAUACGUCCCUCACAUACACUGACCCGAGUAUGUAGGCGACUAUUGUCGACCCAGAUCCAGGAUUUGAGUGAACUAGUGAUACAAAGAGCCAAGGAACUCCCCAUAGACCCAAAUAACCCUAUCGAACGAUUAUCACUGAUGAAGUUGGUUUUAAGAGAGUCCAAUAAUCUCAACAGGUCAGUGAAACAUUGUCUUAAAUUGUACCAAUCCUUACCCACGACAAUGUUUGAAGACAUACAUGAAAAUCCCUACCAGGCAACUGAGCUCGUGACGGAUUUAGCGAGGAAGUACACCUACUCGAGUGCUGUGAGAGAAUUGAUCUUUAAUGAUCUUAUAGAAAUGUAUCGCCAGGGGAAGUAUCAGUCGUUACAACAAACGUUACAAACCAUCAACUCUUGGAAACGUAGACUUCCUUCAAGAGUUGUACAAGACCCAAAUUUUCAGCAAGUGCUUACGGGAGAUAUUCUGCAAUGUAGUCAGCAGCAAAUCUUUAAUGUACUUGUAGUUUUAUUUGCAUACUCUGGGUCACCACUAUUGAGUACAUCACUCUUACUUGCGCAUUCCAAUGUUUCCGGGCUUGAAUUGGAGGUCCAAUCAAUUCAUUUGGUUCUCCAUACCCUUUGCUCAGAUACAGUGGUGGGGAAUACAUAUGGUUGUUAUUCGGUUCUCACUUUACUCAAACAGUUCCCUGAUAUACAUAUACCACUCACAUUGAAUAAUAGAAUGUUGGAUUAUUUCUUAGCUCAAUAUUCAUUCCCAUCAUUUGUCAAUAAAUUGGUACAAUUAAUUAAUAUCCAAGAGAGAUUGAAAGAGCCUAUUGAUGACGAGGAAACACAUAAAGAAUUUAUACAACUAUGUAGCACUGUGGUGCUGCGUAAUCUUGAGUUUGGGAACGUUGCCCGAGCUCUAGCCAUUUGGGAAAUGCUCCCAUUGGAUUUAAUCCCGUUACAAACUACACAACUAUUAAUAGAUCGUCUUGGAAAAAUUGACAUUAAACGAGCAAAUGAAAUUCUUUUCACAUUGGAUAAGGAAACUUACAAGUCUCCUGAAUUGCAGAGUUUCCUAUUGAGAUAUUUUGGGAACCAAACGAAUAUGAAACUGUAUUUCCAAGCACAAGUUAGAAACAUACAAGCACCAGUGCCUCGACAUGCAUUGGAACUGAUGUUGCAAGUAUUCUUACUUCGUGGUGAUAAUGAGGCUUCUGAAAGAAUUCUUGAAACCAUUGUUGUUUCCAAGGGAGGCUUGAGUGCAAAUGGAGUGAAUUAUAUUGUGAAGAAAUUUCUUUCGGAACACGAACCUAAACGGGCCAUGGAUGUUAUAACUAAACUUAAUGAUAGUCAAUUACAAAAAUAUGCAUAUGUGAGCAUGUUGGAAUAUACAUUAAAAGAGAAUUCCAAUAAUAUUACAUCACCAAUGAUCAAUCGGAUGGCGGAAACUAUAGCUAAGACUUUCAAAGGAAUACUGAAAGGUGAUGAUGCCUUGGAUAUGUUGUCAACCACGGUUAUUCAGCAAGUGAUAGAGAUCCAGGGUUCCCGUGCAGCCCAAAAGGUUUAUUGUAUUGGUAGAAAUAAUUUCAUCAAGGAUGGUAAAUCUGAUAGAAAUACUAAGAAACCGUUACCGAUCUUGGCACUUUCCAAGAUUGAACAUUUACUUUUGAUUUCAGAUAAAGAACGGAUUCCAAGAUGUGUACAGAUAUUAAAGACUGCUGUUACAAAAAACGAACGAGGACCAGACGUUGGACUCGUUGAGUGGUGUGUUGAGGAGAUGAUUUCAGGAGGUAUGACCCUUCCUGAGGUUAUGGAUACUAUACGGUUGGAAUGCCCUGAAGGGAUAAAGGUGUUUAAACAGGAGUAUGUAAAUAGAAUGUAA